AUGAGUUCAGAUUCAAACCAGAUAAGAAUGGUUGUGAAGAAUCACAAAAUGAAAGCGAAGAAGGAGAUUGAGAUCACAAGCUCCUUCUUAGGAGAACAACCCUUUUGCCAAGCAUGUGACAAGCUUUUGUGCAUCAUAUCCCUGGACCAAAUGAAGAGAUUUCGACCAAACAUAAACAGUAAAGUGAUACAAAACAUACUUUGGAUCACUGAAGAAACCAGUUGGACCCAACCCAUGAUAGAGAGGAAGAAAAUUGUUGGGGCAUCACGUGCAGGCAUUUGUGCAUGGAACAUGCCUUCAAUUGCAUAA